CUUGGAUUUGGAUUUUUAUGGAAGUGCGAGUCGAAUAUUACGAAAAUAAAACAAACUCCAAAGACGAAUAUAUGGAAGGAACAAACGGUAACCCUAUUCCCGAAUAUAUAGAGGCCUUUAUAACACAUGAAGACCUCGACUGCGAUAAAGUGUCGCCUCUACAGUUCCUGACAAGCUUACGUAUGAGGGGAUUGUGCCAUCCUAUUAUACAACACCCUUACUUUGUCAACCUGGCCAAAGGUACUCUACCUAAUGUCCCGCUUGCUCUUUUAGACUUUGCAUUACAAAAGAUGAAACUUUGUGAACACUUUCACGGAACAACGAACGACCAUAUUGAAAGCGGCUGUACGACAAUUAUUCCUUCUACAGGAGAUAAUGUUUCAGACCCUUUAUCAAGACUCGUUCAUCUGGACCAGAUGCGAUCAGCUCCUGCGGGAGUGGCACACGACGUUCUUUUGAAAAGAUUUCUUGCAGAAUUGGAAAGGGAAGUGGAGGAACCUCUGAUAGAGCUUGUCACCCACAAGUUAACCAGAACUAAGAACUUGGGUCCUCGUCUAUCCGAAAUAUGUAGAUUGGGAAAUAUACCCUUUGUGAUUGGAGUAUUGUGUUGCAAAGUACCGCCUGUUAUUAGUGAAAUCUACAAGUUAAUAAUAGAAGCAAUAGAAAACAACACAAACCUGCCUCUGCGAGCUUAUUUCUUUUUCCGAUAUUGUAUUGAAGUAGAGUCUGUUCUUCUUGGAGUUUUAGAGAGACUUGCUGAAGAAAAUCUGACGUCUUCCCAAACUAGAAUAGACGCGGCAAAGGGUUACUGGGCAUCCUUGAAUAUUGUUUUCACAUACUUCAUGGAAAUGUAUGAUCGUUCGUCACAGUUUCCACCGAAAAGGACGCUUUCUACAAUGGAAUACUUAACAACUCGAUUGUAUAGACCACUUACUCAGGAAAUUGUAUAUGAAGAAGAUGAAGCUUCGGAGGAAACUGAUUCGGAAUCCAACUUUGAGGCAUCUCUUGCACAGAAAGGUUGUGAACAAGCACCCAGUUCGUACUGCAGUAUGAGUCCAUCAUCGGAAAACUCUAAUGAACUGGAUGAUGAUUAUGCCAAUCUGUCAUUGCCGAGGAAUAUUCUCGAUGUCGAGUCGGAAUAUAGAAAAGCUUCUGCUGUGAUGAAACUUUACUAUGGAGAGGAAGCUCCAUUAGAAGAAGAUUUGCGUCGACUUUCUUUGAAUGUGUAAAUUUACCAUUCCGAAGAGUUAGCAACACGUCACGCGGAUAUUUUGUAGAUAGCUUUACUUUUAAUGACUGGAGAAGAGUAAAUAUUUGUUAUAAAUA